UAAAUUGUAUCAUUUGAUUUCAAUUCAUUACGGUUUGUUUGUUUAUUGUUAGAUUAUCUCUAAUCAUCUUGUGUUUCAAUGGAUCCAUAUGACUCAGGAAAAUGCGUGCUUGUUUCCGGAGAGAGUUUAUCUCAAAUCCAAUGCGAUUCAAGUCAAAAUUAUCAAUCAAUUAUAUCAUCUCAAUCAUCAUCAUCCUCAUCCUACGCCUGUAAUCACCAAGAUGAACUAUUGGCUAUUGCAUUGAAUCUUAAAGCAGGUAUUGAUCAUCUCCGGACCAAUUUGGACAUGUUAAAAAGUGAAGCGACUGCUGAUAAAUUUUUAGUUUUAAUCGAUCAAUUUUCCAACCAUAUUGAACAUGUUAGUGUGGCAAUGGGCAAAGAGAUUAAGCGUAUUGUACAUUUGAAUGCUACGUUUAACAGAUCAAGUUCUUUUGCUAUUCCUCAGAGACAACUUAUUUUGGGCCUUAAUCCGGUGACAAGAUCAUUAUCAUCUACUAAUAAAAUGGUUUUCAACUAUCCCAAAGCACGUCGAGAUGAAUCAGUCAUAGAAACUCUUCAUGGAAUUCAGGUUAAAGAUCCUUACCGCUGGCUAGAAGAUCCCGAAUCAGAAGAAACCAAAAACUUUGUCCAUGAGCAAAAUAAGAUAUUUCAAGCUUAUAUUGCAAAAUGCGAUGUGAAAGAUAAAAUCAAUGAAAGACUCAAAGAUUUAAUGGACUACCCAAAAUAUUCAUGUCCUUUUAAACGUGGCUCACGGUACUUUUUCCGAAAAAAUGACGGUUUACAAAAUCAGAGUGUCCUUUACAUUCAAGAUUCUUUGGACUCUGAGCCUAAAGUCUUUUUUGACCCAAAUACGUUAGACAAAGAUGGCUUGGUUUCAUUGAGUUUUACUAAUUUCUCUCUUGAUGGGGAAUGGCUUUCUUACGGUCUUGCUGAUGCUGGUUCAGAUUGGAGACGCAUUAAGAUUCGGAAAGUAGACACUGGAGCCGAUGCCGAUGAAACAGUAUACUUUUGCAAGUACUCUCAAACUUCUUGGACUCAUGAUAACAAAGGCUUCUUCUACUCGCGCUACCCAAAAUUGGCUGAUACUUUCGAUGGCUCAGAAAAUGUUAAAUGUGUCGAUCAUAAAAUGUACUACCACAAAGUUGGCACACCCCAAGAAAAUGACGUUCUUGUUGUUGAAUUUCCUGAAUACCCCGAAUGGGUCAUCAAUGGGUUGGUCAGUGACUGUGGAAAAUAUCUUUUUGUCUUCGUUGCAGAAACAUGUCAAAAUACUGCUCUUUAUUAUGCACACUUAGAUAACGAUAUCAAAGGAAAACUCGAGCUUAAACCUAUUGUUACCAAAUUUGAAGCUGAAUAUGAUUUUAUUGCAAAUGAUGGGACUACUGUUUAUUUCAAAACUAACCGUAAUGCCCCCAAUUACAAAAUUAUCAAGUUGGAUCUAAAUGACCCCGAUGAAAAAAACUGGAUUGAAAUAAUUCCUGAACAUGAAAAGAAUGUUUUAAAUUCAGCAAUUUGUGUAGAUAAUGACAAACUCAUAACUAUCUACACCGAAGAUGUAAUUGAUGCUAUACAAUUUCGCACCCUCAAAGAUGGAAAUAUAAUCUUCAAGCCUAAGAUUCCUGUUGGCUCAAUCGGCACAGUUACUGGUAAAAGAUAUCAGAGUCAAGUUUUCUUCGAUCUCUCAAAUUUUCUCACUCCUGGUAUGAUCUUCAAAUAUGAUUUUAAUGGAGAUUCGGAUAUUUCUGUGUUCCGAGAAACACUUUGUAAGGGUUUCGACAUGUCAAAAUUUGAAGUGAAACAAAUUUUUUAUUCAUCUAAAGAUGGUACUAAAGUUCCUAUGUUCAUAGUGCAUAGUAAAGACUUUGAAGCAAAUGGUGAAAGCCCAUGUCUCUUAUAUGGUUAUGGAGGAUUCAAUAUAACUCUAUCGCCAUUCUUCUCCCCAGUCCGCUUACUAUGGGUUCAAAACUUUAGAGGUGUGUUUGCAGUCGCUAAUCUUCGUGGUGGAGGAGAGUAUGGUGAAAAAUGGCAUGAAGCUGGUGUUCGAGAUAAAAAACAAAAUGUUUUUGACGAUUUCAUUGCUGCUGCAGAGUAUCUCAUUGAUAAUAAAUACACCAAUAAGAAAAAGAUUGUAAUUGAAGGUGGAUCAAACGGAGGUUUAUUGGUCGCUGCCUGUUCAAACCAACGACCUGAUCUUUUCGGUGCCACAAUCUGUCAAGUGGGUGUUCUUGAUAGUCUGAGGUUCCAUAAGUUUGGAAUUGGAAAAUUGUGGACUAGUGAUUAUGGGCAUCCAGAGAAUGAAAAUGAUUUCAAAGCUCUAAUCAAGUACUCUCCUCUGCAUAAUAUACCUGCUGCAAGUGAUGUUUACCCUAAAAUUUUGCUCUUGACUGGAGAUCAUGAUGAUCGUGUCGCUCCACUCCAUACUUUAAAAUUUGUUGCUGAAUUGCAACAUUCUCUAAAUGUAAAAGAGAUUCCUCUUUUAACUCGGGUUGAAGUCAAUGCUGGGCACGGAGCUUCCACCCCAGUCAGCAAACAGAUUGCGGUACGAACGGAUAUUUAUUGCUUUCUCAAGAUAGCACUUGAUUUACCAUACUAUGAAUAACUUUUGUUCCCUUCAUAAUGCAUAUUUUUUCUCUAUAAUUUCCAUUUCACUUUAUAUGUUUAAAUGAACAUUUGAUAUUCUUUUGAGUUAAAAUUUUCAUAAUAUCAAGCAUAAAAAGACAUUUUUAUUGUU